AUGGCUUCAUCCCCGAGGAGAUGCAGAUGGGAGAUGAUGGUGGCGUUGGGGUGCCUGCUCCUGUGCGCACUGGGAUUUGGGCCCGUGUCGUCCAGGGGAUGCAACGACAACGCCGCGCACAACCUGGACAGGAGCUGGUACUCGAAGGACGGAGAAGAGGUGCCCAUCAUGGUCCUCAUGCCCAUGAAUGAAUCAGCGCUUAUGAGCAGCAUCAGUCAGGGCAUCGACCCCGCCGUGCAGCUCGCCAUCCAGCACAUUCGGGAGUCCAGGCUCUACUCCUUCUCCCUGAUCCCCAAGAUCUACGACACGGAGUGUGACAAUGCGAAGGGACUGAGGGCCUUCUUUGAUGCCAUUUGCUUUGGCCCGAAGCACCUGAUGAUCUUCGGAGGAGUGUGUCCCUCAGUGACUUCCAUCAUUGCAGAGUCACUGGAGGGAUGGAACCUUGUACAGCUCUCCUUCGCUGCAACAACCCCAGUCCUGGCCGACAAGAAAAAGUACCCCAACUUCUUCCGAACAGUCCCUUCCGACAAUGCCGUGAACCCAGCCGUGGUGAAGUUCCUCAAUUUCUACAACUGGAGCCGGGUGGGGACUCUGACCCAGGAUGUGCAGAGAUUCUCUGAGGUGCGGAAUGAUCUGACCAACGAGCUGGAGAAGGCGGACAUCCAGAUUGCAGACACCGAGAGCUUUUCCAACGACCCCUGCGUCAAUGUGAAGAAGCUGAAGGACAACGACGUGAGAAUCAUUAUCGGCCAGUUUGAUGAAAACCUGGCCUCCAAAGUGUUCUGCUGCGCGUACAAUUUGAACAUGUUUGGAAGUAAGUACCAGUGGAUCAUCCCUGGGUGGUACCAGGGCAACUGGUGGGAGCAGGCCAACUCGACCAACUGCACCACCAAGAAGUUACUGACGGCUAUGGAGGGCUACAUCAGCGUGGACUUUGAGCCCCUGAGUGCCAAGCAGGUCAAGGGCAUUUCUGGAAGGACUCCACAGGAGUAUGAGAAGGAGUACAACAUGCAGCGGAUGCAGAAAGGAGUGGAGUCCAGCAAAUUCCAUGGCUUUGCUUAUGAUGGCAUCUGGGUCAUAGCGAAGACUCUGACACGGGUCAUGGAGAGGCUGAGGGAGAAAGAGCGGCACAACAUGUACCACAACUUCACAGUCGACGACAAGGAGGUGGGAAAAAUGGUCCUGGAUGUCAUGAAUGAGACCAACUUUUUCGGAGUAACGGGUCAAGUCAUGUUCAGGAAUGGAGAACGGAUGGGGACUAUCAAGUUCACGCAGUUCCAAGAGGGCCAGGAAGUGAAGGUUGGCGAGUACAACGCCAUAGAGGAUGUGCUGGAUCUCAUCAACAACACCAUCAGGUUUCAAGGAGUGGAACCGCCAAAGGACAGAACAUUUGUGAGGCUGCAGCGGCGGCACAUCAACGUACCCCUCUACAGCAUCCUGUCUACCAUUACCAUCCUGGGCAUGCUCAUGGCUGGGGCUUUCCUCUUCUUCAACAUCAAGAACCGCAACCACAGGCUAAUCAAGAUGUCCAGUCCAUACAUGAACAACCUGAUUAUCCUUGGGGGAAUGCUGUCCUACGCCUCCAUAUUCCUUUUCGGCCUGGAUGGCUCCUUCGUCUCUGAUAAGGAAUUUGAAACCCUUUGCACGGUUCGUACCUGGAUCCUGAUUGUAGGCUACACAACUGCAUUUGGAGCCAUGUUUGCCAAGACCUGGAGAGUACAUGCCAUCUUCAAGAAUGUCAAGAUGAAGAAGAAGAUCAUCAAGGACCAGAAGCUGCUGAUCAUCGUGGGGGGGAUGCUGCUUAUUGACCUCUGCAUCCUCAUUUGCUGGCAAAUAGUGGACCCCCUGAAAAGGACCGUGGAGGAGUACAGUCUGGAGGCAGACCCUCAGGGACGAGACAUCGCCAUCCGGCCCUUCCUGGAGCACUGCGAGAACACGCACAUGACCAUUUGGCUCGGGAUCGUGUACGCCUACAAAGGCCUUCUUAUGUUAUUCGGGUGCUUCUUGGCCUGGGAGACCCGGAACGUGAGCAUCCCCGCCCUAAACGACAGCAAGUACAUCGGCAUGAGCGUGUACAACGUGGGCAUCAUGUGCAUCAUCGGUGCCGCUGUCUCCUUCCUGACCCGUGACCAGCCCAACGUGCAGUUCUGCAUUGUCGCCCUUGUCAUCAUCUUCUGCAGCACCAUCACACUGUGUCUGGUGUUUGUGCCAAAGCUAAUAACGAUGAGAACAAAUCCAGACGCAGCCACGCAGAACAGGAGGCUGAAGUUCACGCAGAACCAGAAGAAGGAGGACUCCAAGACGUCCACCUCGGUGACCAGCGUGAACCAGGCCAACACGUCCCGUCUGGAUGGCCUGCAGACGGACAACCACCGGCUUCGGAUGCGGAUAACGGAGCUCGACAAGGAGCUGGAAGAGGUCACCAUGCAGCUGCAGGACACGCCAGAGAAGACACCCUACAUCAAGCAGAACCACUUCCAGGACCUCAACAACAUACUCAGCAUACGCAACUUCACAGAUGGCAGAGAAGGAGACAAAUCCAUGCUGAAGAAUCACCUGGAGCAGAAACCGCAGGCGCAGUGGGGCUCUGUGGACCCAUCCAGAAUAAACCGAGGUCCCCUGGAGGACAUCAACUCACCAGAGCACAUACAGCGCAGAUUGUCACUGCAGCUGCCCAUUCUACACCACGCCUACUUGCCGUCCAUAGGGGGAGUGGACGCAAGCUGCGCUAGCCCCUCGGGCAGCCCCGGCUCCAGCCCCCGGCACAGACACAUGCCCCCGUCCUACCGGGUCAUGGUCUCGGGCCUGUGAGGCCGCGCCCAGCGCCACGGGAGACGAGGCGGAGGGGAGAGGCCAACCGUUUGCAAUCAGACUGAUGCGGUCAGCGAGACAAGGGACUUGCGCGCAGGACCGGGCGCGCCGCCAAUCACGUGCCCCCGCCUCCAGCACCACCACCCCACCAUCCUCCCGCCCCCCCACCCACACCCAUACAGGGAUUGAUCCAUUGGGCCUGGGGUCCACAGGAGGCCCUCACACACCCACCCACUCCGCCCAGUCACACCGCAGAGGUGACGGAAAGGAGACCACGAGACCUGUAGCCUUAUCUGCUUCUAAGGUCUUUUUUAUGUUGGUUUUCAUUGUCAUAUACUUGACCAUGUGUGAACUUGUCAGACUUGAGUAUUUCACUACAAUGCCGGGAUUUUAGCUACGGAUGCAGGAGGAGGAGCUUUCACACCUGACCAAGGGAGCGACAGACGUAACCAUGACAAACAUGUAAAUACCAUGCUUUUUGACUUCAGAAUAAGCUUUGGGUAUGCUAAAAAAAAAUCGCCACAUUUGGGUUCGGGGGACUGGGUGGGUGGGGAGGACAUGGGGACUGAGGGUGCUAAAAAUCUCAUUCAGAAUCUUAAAUAUGACAUGACAAAAACGAUGUAAGACAAAUUGGUUUGUGUGAUAUUACGUUGCAUUAUAUGAGUGUCUUCAAUGGUGUGAAAAGUAUUGGCUCAUGGCAUGUGUGAUUACCAAAAUAUCAGAUUUUGCAGCUAAUAUGCGAAUGUCAAAUUACACCAAGGGCCAAUCUUUUACAUUGGAAUAAUAUGCACAACAGAUUUUCCACUUUGCUAAAUUUGCACCAUUUCUUUCCUUAGAAGUAAUGCAUCGACAUUGCAUUUGGUUUGUUCCGAGAGCGAUGACGUCCUUUUAAUUCUUCCCGGCGCGAACCUUUCCGAACGAGCAUGAAAUACCGCGGAAUCCUGGAUCUGAGCAAAACUAGACGAAACGCGUCGAACGAUGUAGCUCUCGAGGCAGCGGCGAGGCCUGUUAGUCUCCGCGUACGUGCGCGUGCCCUUGAACGACAGCGCACGUGUCGCCGCUCGCGAUCCCGCUCCUGCCGACGAGGCUAGUCGAGCGGCUCUCGCUGAGGCUGAGGACAGUCUUCCAGACCGGUGGGUGUCGAUGGCGCCCUCUCCGAGCGGCUGAUGGCCAGUAAGGGUCAGCGGCGGUCGCGCUGCCCAGGGACACAUUCCAUUCAAGGAAUCGCAAACCUUUCUCCAAGGAGGCUGCUGUGUGCAUGUACUGUACAACCUUUAUACCGUGUGUCCAAUGUACUGCACAGGAUCCAUCUGCUGGGUCUGUUGGGAUGCCAUCGACUGUCUCUUUUGUUUCUUACAGCUCUGAAACAGGUCUAUCGUUCCACGGGAGUAAGAAAGAAAAACUAGAGCAAAAAGGAAAUGAUUAGCCUGUGACACCAUUGAACAAUUCAUGUUUUUUAAUAUUUGUUGCAUAUGAGUGUGAUUUGGGUAGGGUUUUGAUAGCAUUUUUUCUAUACAAAACUGUACACAGAUAUGUUAUUGC